AACUUGAUUUUUUUUUUUACAGAAAAAAUAAUUUCAUAAAAAUGGUAGAUUAUCGAGAAACAUCAACGAUGAUAUCAGAUUUUGUACUUGCUUUGGUUUCCUAUGUUGCAGGUACUUAUCGUAUGAAUAAACUACGUGAAUACUCAUGGCGUCAUGCGACUCUUUCAUGGUUUGCCAUGUUCGGGUUUUCAUUUAUUGGUUUUGCAGCAAUUGUUGGCUUUGUGAGAUUUGGUUAUUUUUUUCCAAAAAGACAAUAUUUAGUUAAAGGAUGGCAUCAGUAUUUUACAGAUUUAGCAUCAGUUAUUGGUUUACCAAUGUUAGCUGCAGCAUAUUCUCAGCGUACAGAAUGGCAAAAUCUGUGUUGGUUUUUUUUUGUUCUGUCAAUUCUUUCAACUUUACUUCAUUGCAUCUCAUUGCUUCGCAUGCCAGUUCGUGAUUUUUGUGCUUGUCUAGCGAUUUUGUUUAUCAUUAUAUCAUCAUUGUUUAUGGAGUUUCAAAGUCAGCUAAAUAUUUAUGGUUUGGCUGGGUGUGGAUGUGUUAUUCUCUCAGUUUUAGUUAAUGACCAAGGACGUGGUAUUCAAGGUUUUAAAAAUGUGGAUUUGUUUCAUUACAUAAUGGCAGUAGGAAUUUGUUUUCUUGCAGAAGGAUUGUUAUCUUAAUUUUUUUUUUUUAACAUAAACAUUAAAUAUGAUUUUUUGUACAUAUUUAGUUUAGAGUGCACAAAAGAACCAAUACAAAUAA